UUUCCACUUCUAUUUGUCUUCCUCAACGAUCAAGAAGCUUGGUCACCACCAAACGUUCAAAGGAACCUCCUCCUAUCCCGUAACGCUCUCUGAUACCGACGGGUUUCGAAUCUUUUUCACUUUCGUGAGGGUGGAAAAGCAAAGCGCUUUGGAGGACACAGAAUCAGAUUCCAUCACAUAUUAUCAAACACAAGCAUAACGACGAUGAAGCUGACCAUUGAUAGGUUCUCUGUGGCUUUGUUGCUGGGCACUGUAGUAGUUCUUUCUGGGGUCUGUGAAUUUGGGCUCUGCUUUGAAGACGACCAGUCCAUAAGGAUGAAGCUUGGAGGGGUUCACGACUGCAGGGGCUCUCAGAACAGCGGUGAGAUCGAGACACUCGCGCGUUUCGCUGUCCAAGAACACAACAAGAAAGAGAAUACCCUGCUCGAGUUUGCAAGGGUUUUGAAGGCCAAAGAACAGGUGGUUUCCGGUAAGAUAUACCAUCUGACUCUAGAAGCAAUUGAUGCUGGUAAGAAGAAGAUAUACGAAGCUAAAGUCUGGGUGAAGCCAUGGAUGAACUUCAAGCAGUUGCAGGAAUUUAAGAAUGCCCAUGAUGCCCCUUCCUUUACCCAAUCAGACCUCGGUGCUAAACGUGGCCAUUGAAGAAUGUGGCAAAUUUGAUUUGCUUCUGCGGGGGGGAUUUGGAUUAUGGAAGAGAAGUUCAACAAAUAUUGAAGGCUUAUAAAAAAAAUAGAUAAGAAUAUCAAGGAAAGUUUUAUUUGAAAGUUUGAACAAGUAACUCCUAAAUCAGCAUCCACCUUAUACCUUUAUAGGUGUUAAAUGCAUUUGAAGAGUCAUGGUGCUACUUGGGCAAUGUGAUUAUUGAACAAAGUAGAACUCUUUGGCACUCAGCCUAUUACAUGAUGUGUGAACUUACUCCUUUCUGACCUUUUAAUCCAGAUGGAUAUGGGUUUAUUUGUGUUAAUGCGCUUGUUGAUUACACCUACUGUUUACUGAUUAUUUUAUAUAUGCAACCUCUUAUCUUUUAUUCAA